ACUUCCCCCCUUUUGUUAAUUAAAACUAAGAAGUAAGAAUGGGAACGAGGUGGCCAGCUCCCGCGGAGAACGCUUAAGGACACCACGCCAAUUCUUUUCCUUCCUUCCGAGAUGGAAAGAGGAGCUCCUAGCUCACUUAAGCCGGGGUAGGGCUGGUUCUCCUUUCCGAGCCAAAAUCCCAGGCGAUGGUGAAUUAUGAACGUGCCACACCAUGAAGCUCUUGUGGCAGGUAACUGUGCACCACACCUGGAAUGCCGUCCUGCUCCCCGUCGUCUACCUCACGGCGCAAGUGUGGAUUCUCUGUGCAGCCAUCACUGCUGCCGCCUCAGCCGGGCCCCAGAACUGCCCGUCGGUCUGUUCCUGCAGUAACCAGUUCAGCAAGGUGGUGUGCACCCGCCGGGGCCUCUCUGAGGUCCCUCAGGGUAUUCCCUCCAACACCCGGUACCUCAACCUCAUGGAAAACAAUAUCCAGAUGAUCCAGGCCGAUACCUUCCGACACCUCCACCACCUGGAGGUCCUGCAGCUGGGCAGGAACUCCAUCCGGCAGAUCGAGGUGGGGGCCUUCAACGGCCUGGCCAGCCUCAACACCCUGGAGCUCUUUGACAACUGGCUGACAGUCAUCCCCAGCGGGGCCUUUGAGUACCUGUCCAAGCUGCGGGAGCUCUGGCUUCGCAACAACCCCAUAGAGAGCAUCCCCUCCUAUGCCUUCAACCGGGUGCCCUCCCUCAUGCGCCUGGACUUGGGGGAGCUCAAGAAGCUGGAAUACAUCUCUGAGGGAGCUUUUGAGGGGCUGUUCAACCUCAAGUACCUGAACUUGGGCAUGUGCAACAUUAAAGAUAUGCCCAAUCUCACCCCCCUGGUGGGCCUGGAGGAGCUGGAGAUGUCAGGGAACCACUUCCCUGAGAUCAGACCUGGCUCCUUCCAUGGCCUGAGUUCCCUGAAGAAGCUAUGGGUCAUGAACUCACAGGUCAGCUUGAUCGAGCGGAAUGCCUUUGAUGGGCUGGCCUCACUUGUGGAGCUCAACCUGGCCCACAAUAACCUCUCUUCUUUGCCCCAUGACCUCUUCACCCCACUGAGGUACCUGGUGGAGUUGCACCUACACCACAAUCCCUGGAACUGUGAUUGUGACAUUCUGUGGCUAGCCUGGUGGCUUCGGGAGUACAUACCCACCAAUUCUACCUGCUGUGGCCGCUGUCAUGCCCCCCUGCACAUGCGAGGCCGCUACCUGGUGGAGGUGGACCAGACCUCCUUUCAGUGCUCUGCUCCCUUCAUUAUGGAUGCACCUCGGGACCUCAAUAUUUCUGAGGGUCGGAUGGCAGAACUGAAGUGUCGGACUCCCCCUAUGUCUUCUGUGAAGUGGCUGCUGCCCAAUGGGACAGUGCUCAGCCACGCCUCCCGCCACCCUCGGAUCUCGGUUCUCAACGACGGCACCUUGAACUUCUCCCACGUGCUGCCCUCGGACACGGGGGUGUACACGUGCAUGGUGACCAACGUGGCAGGCAACUCCAAUGCCUCGGCCUACCUCAACGUGAGCACGGCCGAGCUCAACACCUCCAACUACAGCUUCUUCACCACGGUCACAGUGGAGACCACGGAGAUCUCGCCCGAGGACACAACGCGCAAGUACAAGCCCGUCCCUACCACGUCCACUGGUUACCAGCCGGCAUAUACCACCUCUACCACGGUGCUCAUUCAGACCACCCGUGUGCCCAAGCAGGUGGCAGUACCCGCGACCGACACCAAUGACAAGAUGCAGACCAGCCUGGAUGAAGUCAUGAAGACCACCAAGAUCAUCAUUGGCUGCUUUGUGGCAGUGACCCUGCUGGCUGCUGCCAUGUUGAUUGUCUUCUACAAACUUCGCAAGCGGCACCAGCAGAGGAGGACAGUCACGGCUGCCCGGACAGUUGAGAUCAUCCAGGUGGAUGAAGACAUCCCAGCGGCGGCAUCGGCAGCAGCAACAGCAGCUCCAUCCGGUGUAUCAGGUGAGGGGGCAGUAGUGCUGCCCACAGUUCAUGACCACAUUAACUACAACACCUACAAACCAGCACAUGGGGCCCACUGGACAGAAAACAGCCUGGGGAACUCUCUACACCCCACAGUCACCACUAUCUCUGAACCUUACAUAAUACAGACCCAUACCAAGGACAAGGUACAGGAAACUCAAAUAUGACGCCCCUCCCCCCAAAAACUCAUAAAAUGCAAUAGAAUGCACAAAAAAACAAAAAAAAAAAAGACAGCAACUUUUGUACAGAGUGGGGAGAGACUUUUUCUUGUAUAUGCUUAUAUAUUAAAUCUAUGGGCUGGUAAAAGAAACAGAUUAUAUUAAAAUUUAAAAACAAAAAUCAAAACAAAACUAUUUUCUAACUUGUAAGUUCUAUUUAAAGGGGGAGGGGGGCCUUGGGAGUGGGGUCGGAGCCACAAGUCAACUUGUUAUUGCUGCCAGAGGGGUUCUGGCAUAAAGUUGAAACUGCUGAGAUACAACAAACCAGAACAGCCAGUGUCCCUAAAGAGGCAGGGUGUGGGUGGGCAGGGGCAGAGCCAGGCUGUGGGUUUUUUUUUUUAAAAAACAGAUGCUUCAUAGGCUACAGGAACACCCAUUUCUAGACACCUUUCUUAAGCUGAGAGCUGUCUUUGCAGAUUUAUCUUAUUUAACAAAAAUACAAAAAAAAAAAAAAAAGCACCAAAAAUUUGUACUGUGCUAAAAUGUUGAGAGGCAAUAAUUUUUUUUUUCUUCAGCGGCCACGGGGAAGGUAGAUCUAUAAAUGUGUGUUCAAGGGAAAACCACCAAAAUUCAAACGAACCCUUAAAGGGGCUGUCUGUCCCCGUGCACGGGUUUCCUUGGUUGUGCACUGGGACACGCGUGUGCCUGGCUGACAGCGCCCCGGGAAGCAGCAGGGAAGGAAGGGGCUGGCGUAGUUCUCAGUCAAAUGCUUUCACACUGCAUCAGACUCCUGCAUUUGGGAUUCACCCACUCUGUGCAAGGCAUGUGUCUAUUCAGGGUUUCCCCUGAGAAGGUGCCCCUGAAGGGGGUGCGGCAACAGAGGGGGUGGGGAGGGGGAGCAGCAGCAGAUAGGGUGUAUUCGGAGGAGGCCAUACAUCAGCACUGUGCCUCGUCCACCUGUUGUCCCGGGCUCUGACAAGUGACUGUAGACAAUGAUGGCAUUUUAUGAUUUUUAAAAACGGAUUUGUUUGGUUUAAGGUGGAGAGGGAGGAGAAGCCAGGAGUGGGGAGCUUGGGGGAGUGGAAGCUUUUCUCAUGCUUGUGAUUUGGUGACUAUUCUAAAUGCUGAUUCAUUAGGGAUUAUUACAGCUGAUGUCAACUGGUUGUGGCGAUGGGGUGGGGGCAGUACAGGAGUAGAGAAGAAAAAGGAGAGUCAAAAAGGGCACAGGCUCAUUUAAAGUCACGGAGCCUUUCCCAGCUAGGAUGGUCCACAAAAGAGAUGUGAAAUCCAGUUGGAACCGAAGUGCUACUACACAUGCACACGCGAGUCCUGCACGACUCCUGCUGGACAGAGCACAGUGGGGAAGGCUUCCCUCUCCCAGGCCCACCCCGGACGGAGGUGGAAGAGGACGGGGUGCGGGUGGGAAAGGCAGAGGUCUCUGUUAUGCUGGUCCAUUUAACGAUGUAACGUUUCAUUUCUUUUAGCUUUAAAAGGAAAUAAAGGGUUCAGAUUUGAAAGGGGGUGGGGUGGGAGGGGGGGAAUGCCUACAAAGGAACACAUUGAUUGUAAUGUGAGAAAAGUGUAUUUUUGUAUUUUAAUAAAUAUUGUUCAAUUUUUAA